UUAAAAGUCAUGGUUUCUCCUACAAGCGAACCCCGAGGUUCCAGAGAGCUAUCCUCCCUCGAGAGCUCUCUCUCUUUCAGUCCUUGGAGCUCUCCUUCGCCACUGGUGCUUCUCCAAGAAUGGGUAAGGAGAAGGUUCAUAUUAAGAUUGUUGUCAUUGGGCAUGUCGACUCUGGAAAGUAGACCACCACUGGGCAUCUUAUUUACAAGCUUGGUGGUAUUGACAAGGAUAUUAUCGAGAGAUUUGAGAAGGAAGCAAUUGAGAUGAACAAUAGGUCCUUCAAAUAUGCGUGGGUGCUUGAUAAGUUGAAGGCUGAGCGUGCCUGAGAUGUACCCGUAAUCAUGUUCUUGAUGAAGUCACGAUGCCCGGGAGCAUCAAUGGGCAAACUCAUUAUUGACUCAACAACAAGUGGGUUUGAAGCUGGUAUCUCAAAGGAUGGGCAAACUCAUGGAUGCCACCACCCCAAAGUACUCCAAGGAUAGGUAUGAUGAAAUUGUGAAGGAAGUUUCUUCUUACUUGAAGAAAGUGGGUUACAAUCCUGAGAAGAUUGCUUUUGUUCCCAUCUCUGGUUUUGAGGGUGACAACAUGAUUGAGAGGUCCACAAACCUGGACUGGUACAAGGGACCAACUCUUCUUGAGGCUUUUGACAUGAUCCAGGAACCAAAGAGACCUUCAAACAAGUCACUUCGUCUCCUACUGCAGGAUGUUUACAAGAUUGGUGGUAUCGGUACUGUCCCAGUUGGCCGGGUGGAGACUGGUGUACUUAAGUCUGGUAUGGUGGUUACUUUUGGUCCCACUGGGCUAACAACUGAAGUUAAGUUAGUUGAGAUGCACCAUGAAGACCUCCCAGAAGUUGGUCCCGGUGACAAUGUCGGCUUCAAUGUGAAAAAUAUUGUAGUUAAGGAUCUCAAACGUGGCUUUGUAGCUUCCAAUUCAAAGGAAGAUACUGCAAAGGAGGCUGCCAACUUCAUCUCCGAAGUUAUCAUCAUGAACUACCCUGGACAGAUUAGCAAUGGAUACGCGCUGGUUCUUGAUUGCCACACCUCUCACAUUACAGUCAAAUUUGCCGAGAUCCUCACCAAGAUUGGCAGGCAAUCCGGGAAGGAGCUCGAGAAGGAACCCAAAUUCUUGAAGAAUGGUGAUGCUGGGUUAGUGAAGAUGGUUCCAACCAAGCCCAUGGUGGUGUAAACCUUCUCGAAAUACCCUCCUCUCGGUCGCUUUGCCGUCAAGGACAUGCGCCAGAUGGUCGCUGUUGGAGUCAUCAAGAGUGUUGAGAAGAAGGAUCCCUCUAGUGUCAAGGUGACCAAGUCUGCUGCUAAGAAGUAAAGCAUGUCAUUACCUGUUAACUAUGCAUGCUUAUUAUUAAUACAUGUUUUACUGCUGCUUUCUCUCCUUACUUGUAUAACUUUUGAUCUAUGUUAUUUGCUGCAUUCUUAGUUUAUAGUCAA